AUGAACCAAAAGGGGCCCUUACCCAGGGGGGCCCGCCCGGGGACCCCUGGCCCCGCCGGAAAUUCCCCGGGCCAAAGAACGAGGAAAUCCAGUAACCCCAAUUCAUGCACAAGGCCUUUUUACGGUUUUAGGAUUCCCGGCACCUUAACCGGGGGCAUUUCCCCCCCCGGAGGUUCGGCGUACUUUUUGGUUCCCUUCCGAGCCUUCCGACUCCGGGGAACACCCUUUUCCGGGUUACCAAAGUGGGCACUUUUACCCCCUAAGGGGUUCCCCGGAUCCCCCGGGGUCCCUCCCUGGCCCGGGUUAGGCCAGAAAAGCCCCCCAAAGGGCCUCCUCCUCCCCCAGUUCCCGCCCUCCCCCCGUGGGAAAGGAUUAACCCCCCGAGGCAUUACCCCCUGGCCCGGAGGCAUUAACCGGCAUUGGGGAACCUUAAAUCGCCAACCCCCCAAAAUUUCCCCUGAUCCCCGGGGUUCCCCCGGGGAAAAACUCUUCCCCGGGUGGGUUCCCCCCCGGGGGCAGGGGGCCCGGGGCUCCCGGGAAUGGGUUCGCCAACUUCAAAAAUUUCCGUGGGAAUUUAACCGCCCGGGAAAGCGGACCUUGGGGUUUUCCCCCCCCAAGGUCGGUUACCGAACGGAAAAGGGGGCCAGGCCGUUAAUCCGAGAACCGCUGGGGAUCCAGUUUAGAAGAGGGGGCGGCAGCCGCCGGAGCGGUUGGAAAAACCCUUCCCGGGAACCCUGGGCCAACUUUCGGCCCGCCCUGAAGGGAAAACCCCUUCCCGGGUUUUCCCCGGGGGUUACUCUCCCCCGAGGGCCCUUUCCAAGCCUAAAGGUUCCCUCAUGGUCGGAAAAGCCUUUUAAAGGGGGCCCGCUUCCCCCAAUCCCCUUGGUCCCCUUUAAAGGUUCGGGCCUUGGAAAUUUAAGAUCGUUCGUAAAGAACGGGCUUUCCCUCCCCGAGGGGUUCCCGGCUCCUUUGGGGGAUCGAACAAGUCCCUCAAAAAGGGGCACUGAAAUAUGCCCCCCGGGUGAUUCCCCAAGCCUCCCCGGGGUUUAUUUCCUGGCGGUUACCAAUCCCGGAACGCCCGGGGUUCGGUUCCCCCAAGGGGACCCCCCGGGAAGCUUUAAAGGGUUUUCCCCGCCGUGGAAGUUUUGGCCCCAUGCUUUGAGCCGUAGCCCCUCCAGUCACCCCCGGCUUUGGUUUCCUCCCCGGGAAGAAGCCCGACCCCGUUCAGGGGGCCGACUACAGCCCCCCCCACGGGUUCCGGGACCCCUUUUUAAACGGGGUUCCUGGGCAUUUCCCCGUGGCCCAGAACCCGGGGAAAAUCCCCCAGUCGCUCAGAAAGUGAACGACUGA